UGGACGAUCCCUAACAUGAUGAUCCGUCCUCAGACUGGAAGGAAAGAAAAAGGAGAUCCUCUAAACAUUGCAAUUGAUAAGAUGACCAAGAAAACACGAGAUCUAAGGAGACAGCUUCGGAAAGCAGUGAUGGAUCACAUAUCGGAUUCAUUCUUGGAAACCAACGUCCCUUUGCUAGUUCUCAUUGAGGCUGCAAAAAGUGGGAAUGAGAAGGAGGUGAAGGAGUAUGCGCAGGUUUUCCGAGAGCACGCCAACAAGCUGGUGGAGGUUGCCAAUUUGGCCUGUUCCAUCUCCAACAAUGAGGAAGGGGUGAAAUUAGUCCGAAUGGCCGCCACCCAGAUUGACAGUCUGUGUCCCCAGGUCAUCAAUGCUGCUCUAACACUAGCUGCUCGACCACAAAGCAAGGUUGCUCAGGACAACAUGGAUGUCUUCAAAGACCAGUGGGAGAAGCAGGUCCGAGUGCUGACAGAGGCCGUGGAUGACAUCACUUCUGUGGAUGACUUCCUUUCUGUCUCAGAAAAUCACAUCUUGGAGGAUGUGAACAAGUGUGUGAUAGCCCUCCAAGAGGGAGAUGUGGACACUCUGGACCGGACUGCAGGUGCCAUCCGGGGCCGGGCAGCUCGAGUAAUACACAUCAUCAAUGCUGAGAUGGAGAACUAUGAAGCUGGUGUUUACACUGAGAAGGUGCUGGAAGCUACAAAAUUGCUCUCUGAGACAGUGAUGCCACGCUUUGCUGAACAAGUAGAGGUUGCCAUCGAAGCCCUGAGUGCCAACGUCCCUCAACCAUUUGAGGAGAAUGAGUUCAUCGACGCCUCUCGCCUGGUGUAUGACGGUGUGCGGGACAUCAGAAAGGCUGUGCUGAUGAUCAGGACCCCAGAAGAACUAGAGGAUGAUUCUGACUUUGAGCAGGAAGAUUAUGACGUGCGCAGCCGUACCAGUGUUCAGACUGAGGACGACCAGCUCAUUGCAGGGCAGAGUGCACGCGCCAUCAUGGCACAGCUACCGCAGGAGGAAAAAGCAAAAAUAGCUGAGCAGGUGGAGAUAUUCCACCAAGAGAAAAGCAAGCUGGAUGCUGAAGUGGCCAAAUGGGACGACAGCGGCAAUGACAUCAUCGUGCUGGCCAAGCAGAUGUGCAUGAUCAUGAUGGAGAUGACGGACUUCACAAGAGGCAAAGGCCCAUUGAAAAAUACAUCUGAUGUCAUUAAUGCUGCCAAGAAAAUUGCUGAAGCAGGUUCUCGAAUGGACAAAUUAGCCCGCGCUGUGGCUGAUCAGUGUCCUGAUUCAGCAUGUAAGCAGGAUUUAUUAGCCUACCUUCAACGAAUUGCCUUGUAUUGCCAUCAGCUUAAUAUCUGCAGCAAGGUGAAGGCAGAAGUACAGAAUCUGGGAGGAGAGCUCAUUGUGUCAGGGACAGGAGUUCAGAGCACUUUCACUACCUUUUAUGAGGUAGAUUGUGAUGUCAUAGAUGGGGGCAGGGCUAGUCCACUUUCUACCCACCUCCCGACCUGUGCUGAGGGAGCUCCGAUCGGGAGUGGAAGCGGUGAUUCCUCCAUGCUGGACAGCGCCACCUCACUUAUUCAGGCAGCUAAAAACCUAAUGAAUGCUGUUGUCCUUACGGUGAAAGCAUCCUAUGUGGCCUCAACCAAAUACCAGAAGGUCUAUGGGACAGCAGCUGUCAACUCCCCUGUUGUAUCUUGGAAGAUGAAGGCUCCAGAGAAGAAGCCCCUUGUGAAGAGAGAAAAGCCUGAAGAAUUCCAGACGCGCGUUAGACGAGGUUCUCAGAAGAAACACAUUUCGCCUGUACAGGCUUUAAGUGAAUUCAAAGCAAUGGAUUCCUUCUAGGAUGAUAGGCUUUAACAAGAAAGCUUUUUCUUUCUUUUUUUCCUUUCCUUUUCUUUUUAAUUCCAGUUUUGUAUGCAUACCUGCCAACUCAUAUGCCUCUGGCAUGGGGAAAUUAAGGGAGCAGUGUCUGUUUGCAUGUAAGAUGAGGUGCAAUCAACACUACUGAUCCAUCAGUAGCCCAGGGAGAAGACAGGGAAUUCCUGUCCUGAGGUCGCACAGAGCUGUCCUUUGCAACAUUCUCACAAAAUUGGACAAAGGGUUCACAUCACAAUGUUUAUGGGAGUGGGAGGGUUGGGGAAAAUAACUCUACAAAAGCAAACUCUAAUGCAUGCAAGAAUCACUAAGUUGGCAGGUAUAUCAAUAAGUGAAAAAUCUGGAAGUGUAAUGGUAGAACAUAAAGCUUGUAUUGCUUCUGUUUCAGUGCAAAAAUGUACUAGCCAAUACGCUUAAGUGUGUGGCCCACAAAUUGAACAAUUUAACUUUGAAGUCUUAUCAAUAAUAUUAUGUGGAUUUUUUUACUAAGCGGAAACUAACUCAUCCAGCCAAAAUGCUUCUUUUAAUCUGUAUUCUGUUCUUUUUCUUCUGGUAGUGCCAUUACUAGUGCUCAUGCUAUCAAUUUUUCCCCCUUUACUGAAAACAGCAAACAUUUAUUUAAGACAGUUAUCUUCUGUGGGGCACUGGAAGCACAAUAUGGUGAUCAAGCCUGCCUUUUUUUUCAACUAUGAGUUUGCUAGAAAUAGGUGGUCCAUUGGUGAAAUGUUAGAGGAAUGGAAGCUGACAAUGUGUGAAGGUUUAGAGGCAAAUACAUAGGUGUAGCUUGGAGUGCUGAUAUCUAAUAUGCCAUUGUAUCCACUAACUCAAAAUAAACACAUUUAAUCUUGA